CAUUUGAUGUAAUUGUGUUCAAAUGUUUUGCACGUAGAAGAGUUUUCUAAAACUCUCUCUUCUCUCCCUCAUAUCAUAGAAUGAUAUAUUCAUUGUUGCAAAAAUGCAACUCUCUCAUUCAAAUGAAGCAACUUCAAGCUCAUCUCAUUACCACUGGAAAAUUCCAAUUCCACCCUUCCCGCACCAAGCUCCUCGAACUCUUCUCCGUCUCUCCCUCCGGCAACCUCUCCCUCGCCGGAAACAUAUUCCGGCAAAUUCAAAACCCCACCACAAACGACUACAACGCCAUUCUUCGAGGCCUUGCUCAAAGCUCCGAACCAACACAGUCCAUUUCAUGGUACCGUGACAUGUUAUGCUGCGUUCAAAGGGUCGAUGCUUUGACAUGUUCGUUUGCUCUUAAGGGUUGUGCUCGUGCUUUAGCUUUUUCUGAAGCGACCCAGUUGCAUUCUCAGGUUCUGCGUUUUGGGUUUGAUGCUGAUGUUUUGUUACUCACUACUUUGUUAGAUGUUUAUGCAAAAACUGGGUUUAUUGAUUAUGCACGGAAAGUGUUUGAUGAAAUGGAUAAACGAGAUAUUGCUUCUUGGAAUGCGAUGAUUUCUGGGUUGGCGCAAGGGAGUCGACCUGAUGAAGCUAUAGCUUUGUUUAAUAGGAUGAAGGAAGAGGGAUGGAGGCCGAAUGAUGUGACUGUUCUUGGCGCGCUUUCGGCUUGUUCUCAGUUGGGUGCUUUGAAAGAGGGAGAGAUUGUUCAUCGGUAUGUUUUGGAUGAGAAGCUGGACAGGAAUGUGAUUGUUUGUAAUGCUGUUAUCGAUAUGUUUGCUAAAUGUGGGUUUGUUGAUAAAGCUUAUUCAGUCUUUGAAAGUAUGAGUUGUAGGAAAAGUCUGAUUACUUGGAAUACAAUGAUUAUGGCUUUUGCGAUGAAUGGUGAUGGAUAUAAAGCGCUUGAUCUUUUGGAUCGAAUGAGUUUAGAUGGAACAUGUCCGGAUGCGGUGUCGUAUCUUGGUGCGUUGUGUGCGUGCAACCAUGCUGGAUUGGUGGAUGAAGGUGUUAGAUUGUUUGAUUUGAUGAAGGUGUCUGGGGUGAAACUUAAUGUUAAGCAUUAUGGGAGUAUGGUUGAUUUGUUGGGUCGAGCGGGGAGGCUCAAAGAGGCUUAUGAAAUUAUAAACUCCAUGCCUAUGUUUCCUGAUGUGGUUCUUUGGCAGAGUUUGCUCGGGGCUUGCAAAACAUAUGGAAAUGUGGAAAUGGCCGAGAUGGCGUCAAAGAAGCUGGUGGAGAUGGGAUCUAACAGUUCUGGGGAUUUUGUCUUGCUAUCUAACGUUUAUGCAGCACAACAGAGGUGGAAGGAUGUAGGAAGGGUGAGGGAGGCUAUGGUAGAUAGUGACGUUAGGAAGGUACCAGGAUUUAGUUACACGGAAGUAGAUGGUAGGAUACACAAGUUUAUAAAUUAUGAUCAGAGUCAUCCGAAUUCCAAAGAGAUAUAUGCAAAGCUUGAUGAGAUCAAGUUUAGGAUUAAAGAAUAUGGAUAUAUAGCUGAAACUAAUCUUGUGUUGCAUGAUAUAGGCGACGAGGACAAGGAGAAUGCCUUAAAUUAUCAUAGUGAGAAGUUGGCUGUGGCUUAUGGUUUAAUUAGUACAGUUGAUGGAACACCAAUUCAAGUUAUAAAGAACCUUAGAAUAUGUGUGGAUUGUCAUGCUUUUAUAAAAAUUAUAUCAAAUAUUUAUAAUAGGGAGAUUAUUGUGAGGGAUCGGGCGCGAUUUCACAGAUUUAAAGAUGGUGUAUGCUCCUGUAGAGAUUAUUGGUAAAAUAAAAGAAAAUACUUAUUUUAUAUAUUUAUUUUCUUAAACAAGCUUGAAUAAUUAAUUUCUGACAGGUUUUGACGACAACAACAGCUCAGUGUUUUAAAUAGCAGUCUACACUCUAGCAGUUCUGUAGUGUAGAGGAAUUUGAACCAAUUGUUUUUGUUCUGUGCAUGUUGUCAAAUAGCGGCUAUAGCGACACUAUAAAGCUUAUUGUGUAACGAAAUUUGAACAAGUGCUCUUUUCUGCGAUCCUACAAUUGACAACAUUGCUUUAUUUCACCCUUACGUCUUAGAAAGAGGAAUUGUGUUUCUUUAGUGUAACAUGCAGCUGAGUGAUCACAACAAAAAUCAAGAGUGAGGCCAAAGUUAUGAAGCCCAGUGUUAUACAAGUCAAAGGUGUUUAUUCUUAGUUAUCAAUUGAUUUAUUCAAUAACUCGAAUUGGGAGAUAGGGGAAAUUAUUGAGGAAAUUAAAGUUUUAUCUUGGCGUUGGUUGUUGACUCGGAUUAAAGCUUCGGUUUGUAUGUUUUACGAAUGGAAGUGGAAUCCGAAGGAUUGCCUUUUGCGGUGAUUGUAUGUUUGGGGUUUUACACGUGGUUUGUUAGUGGGUUGGGAGUUAGCUGGGUUGCGGCUGUCAUAGGGAGUCUGUUGCGGCUGCUGAUUUUUUUCUGGUUUUUUGGCUGUUCAGGCUUGCUGCCUUCUGCUGUAUGCCGCAGCUGGCUGUGUUUUGUUGUUUUUGGCUCGGCUGCAGCCUGUUGGCAGGGGUUUUUUGUUGCUUCUGCUGGCAGGUCUUUUGGUGCCCAUGCCACGAGCUCUUUGUUUUUUUGGGAUUUUUUGGUUUAGGUUCCUCAUGUAUAUGGAGUAUAGGUGUUCUGCAUAUAUACGGCACCUUUGUAAUUUCCCUUUGUGGUCCAAGUUUUGGUGAUGGUUUCACUUUCUUGGCUUAAUAAAUUUUGCUGUUUCAA